AUGUCUACGUUGGAAGAACUUGAAGAAAAGACAGCGCAAGACGAUGCUUUAGAACAAGAGAUCUUGCAGUCUUCGUAUCAAGAAAUGGUCAACAAGACUAAACUCUUGGAAAAUGAUAUCAAGAUCAUGAGACUAACGUCUCAAAGAUUGUCACAUGAAAAGUCGGUGAUGUUGGAGAAGAUCAAGGACAACCAAGAGAAGGUUAACAACAACAAGCAAUUACCUUAUUUGGUGGGGAACGUGGUGGAAUUAUUGGAUUUGGAUGCAGAGAAGGAAGCAAGUGAGCAAGGUGCUAAUGUUGAUAUUGAAGCUGCAAGAUCAGGUAAAUCUGCUGUGAUUAAGACUUCUACAAGACAAACUGUAUUUUUACCAUUGAUUGGUUUGGUGGAUCCAACUACUUUAAAACCUAAUGAUUUGAUUGGGGUUAAUAAGGAUUCUUACUUAAUAUUAGAUACUUUGCCUUCUGAAUAUGAUUCCAGAGUCAAGGCAAUGGAGGUGGACGAAAAGCCUAGUGAAGAGUAUUCGGAUAUUGGUGGUCUUGACAAGCAAAUUGAGGAAUUAAUAGAGGCUGUAGUAUUACCCAUGAAGCAAGCUGAAAAGUUCAAGAAAUUGGGUAUCAAGCCUCCUAAAGGUGCUUUAAUGUAUGGACCUCCAGGUACAGGUAAAACAUUAUUGGCCAGGGCUUGUGCAGCCCAAUCCGGAGCCACUUUUUUAAAGUUGGCAGCUCCUCAAUUGGUACAAAUGUUUAUUGGAGAUGGUGCUAAGUUAGUUCGUGAUGCAUUUGCAUUGGCCAAGGAAAAGGCACCCGCUAUCAUAUUUAUUGAUGAGUUAGAUGCUAUUGGAACCAAGAGAUUUGAUUCAGAUAAAAGUGGUGAUAGAGAAGUUCAAAGAACAAUGUUGGAAUUAUUGAAUCAAUUGGAUGGGUUUGGAUCAGAUGAUAGAGUUAAAGUUUUAGCUGCUACCAAUCGUGUGGAUACUUUAGAUCCCGCUUUAUUAAGAUCAGGUAGAUUGGAUAGAAAGAUUGAAUUCCCCUUGCCAUCUGAAGAAGCCAGAGAAUCUGUGUUGAAGAUUCAUGCUAGAAAGUUAAACUGUGAUAAUAAUUCUAUUAAUUGGAGAGAAUUGGCACGUUCUACUGAUGAAUUUAAUGGUGCUCAAUUGAAGGCAGUUACUGUUGAAGCAGGUAUGAUUGCUUUAAGAAACGGUAAGUCUAUUAUUAAGCAUGAAGACUUUGUUGAAGCCAUUAGCGAGGUCCAGGCUAGAAAGUCCAAGUCAUCUAAUUUCUAUGCUUAA